AUGGCCUUCACAACACGCUCAUUCUCCUUCAUCUCCCUCUCCCAUCCAUCCUCAUCCCCAUCUCCAUCUCCCUACUCACCACUCACAUCCUCGAAAUCUCGUUCCAAACAACCCAAAUAUCCCCGAAAAGAUAAAUCUAAAUCUAAAUCUAAGCGCAACUAUCCCCACAAACAAGAACAAGAACAAAAGCUCCUCACCGAGGUAUUUGAAGGGAGGAAAGAUGAGGAGUGUCCGUGUCCUAGCUGUGUAUAUCCGGAUGUGGAUAGCGGGGGAAGUGAAUCUUCCCCAUCCUCGUCAUCAUCAUCAUCGUCAUCAUUCGACAAUCACGAUAUCGAUUCAGAGGAAAGUCUUAAUAUGGUAGGGGUAGAGAACAGAGGUAAAUUGUUGGAACGGCGAAAAAGAGAAGCAGGAGGCGGGUUGAAGAUGAAGUGGGGAUUGGCUUGGUUGAGGGGGAGGGAGAGGGAGACGCGGGGGAGAGGAUACGGCUAUGGAUACGGAUAUGAAUAUGGGGAAAUAAAUAAUAAUACUGGAGUUUCUUGA